AGAAAGUUUGCCUGAUUUGAACAGCACAGAUUGCUAAUCUAACUUGACUAUUCUCUAGCUAUAACAGAGCCGGAUUGAAAACAAUCAAUCAAAAUGGCAAAUUUAAAUGAAGGCCCUCAGUUCAAAUCUAAAAUAAUCAUGAAUGACACAAUACUUGGGCACAGAAAUGGUGAAUUUGCAAGAUUGUAUCCCCUUUUGCCAGAUCAAGACCAGGAUCUACAAUCUGAAAGGGAAUGGAUAUUGACACAAGCGAGCAACGGUGGUUUUAUAAUUCAUACUUCAACUAGCAAUGAUGGCUACCACUGGAAGUUUGACAGAGAUGAUGAAAGAGUGUAUCUGGAAAGCAAUGCCGAUUAUAACAACAUGGCAAAUUGUGCCUUUCAAUUUCAACAGAAUCAAAUAUCUCCCUUGCAAUGCACAGAUCUCCAUGUUUGUCAUCUUCAAGAAACAUCAAGCUGUGAACUUACCUUAACUGAAAAGAACAAUAACUUGACAUAUUUUCAGAUAGCAUCUUAAUUUUAAAAAUAGCUUUUGUUUAUUAUUUUAAAUAAAA